GGCAGCCGGAAUUUUGACUGGCAUUUAAUUUUGCAAUUAUCACGCUGAAUUAUUUUUUGUCUGCACGUGUUUCAAAAUGGAUGGUCAUAAAAAGAAGAAGAAUAAAGAAGUUGAUGUUGCAGAGACACAGCACAAUGCUGACUUUCUCAUCAAACCCUCCUCAGAAGUCCAGAAACUAGAAACAUCAGAAUGGCCCCUGCUUCUUAAAAAUUUUGACAAGUUGAACAUAAAGACAGGAAAAUACACACCUAUCCCAUCUGGUUGUUCACCUCUGAAAAGACCGAUACUAGAAUAUGUCAAGAGUGGUUUUAUAAACCUGGACAAAGCUGCCAACCCAUCCUCGCACGAAGUUGUCGCCUGGGUGAAGCGAAUCCUACGAGUGGAGAAAACUGGGCACAGCGGUACUCUCGACCCAAAGGUCACAGGAUGUCUGAUAGUGUGUAUCGAGAGGGCGACAAGGCUCGUCAAGUCACAACAGGGAGCAGGGAAAGAGUAUGUGUGUAUUUUCCGACUGCACAGCAUUGUGGAAGAUGAAAAGAAAGUUCUUCAAAAACUGGAGAUGCUUCAAGGUGCUCUGUUCCAAAGACCUCCCCUCAUAUCGGCCGUCAAACGUCAGCUUAGAAUACGUACGGUGUAUGAGACAAAAAUGCUUGAGUAUGAUAAGAACGAAGCGAUGGGUGUGUUCUGGGUGAGCUGCGAGGCAGGCACAUACAUUCGGACAAUGUGCGUCCACCUGGGUCUACUUCUUGGGGUCGGAGGACAGAUGCAGGAGCUUCGACGGGUUCGCUCCGGUAUACAGAAUGAAAAGGAGGGUAUGGUAACUCUACACGAUGUUAUGGAUGCUCAAUGGGUUUAUGAUAACCAGCGUGACGAGUCUUACCUCCGACGUGUGAUCAAACCCCUGGAGGCCCUGCUGACUGGACACAAACGGGUCGUCAUCAAGGACUCUGCUGUGAAUGCAGUGUGUUACGGUGCUAAGAUCAUGUUGCCUGGGGUGUUGAGGUAUGAGAAUGGCAUUGAGAUCAACGAGGAGAUUGUCAUUAUAACCACCAAGGGCGAGGCUGUGGCUUUGGCGAUAGCCCAGAUGACGUCAGCAGUUAUGGCGACUACAGAUCACAACAUUGUAGCCAAGAUUAAGCGUGUAAUUAUGGAGAGGGAUGUUUAUCCAAGAAAGUGGGGACUUGGUCCAAGGGCCAUGAUUAAAAAGCAGAUGGUCAAGGAUGGCAAACUGGACAAAUAUGGCAAACCUAAUGAGAAGACCCCCGGUCAGUGGAUGGACAUGUUGCGGAAGGCGGGAGACCUGAAUGGUGAUGUGAAGCCGAACAUCGGUGAAAUGGCCACUCCAGGAAAGAGAAAGCAUGAGGGCAGCAGUGGCUCGGAGGCAGACACGUCGAUGAUGUCACCGACCACUCCGGGAUCUGAGGGUGACGCCAGUGGGGAGAAGAAGAAGAAAAAGAAGAAGAAGGUUAAGGAAGAGCCUACAAGUGAAGGGGACACUUCCAUGGUUCAGCAGACUGAGGAGGGUAAUGGCUCACCAGACAAGAAGAAGAAAAAGAAGAAGAAGCAUAAGAAAGAGACAGCCGAUUCUGACUGAGUGGGUGGGGAAUGUGUAAAUAGGGGUUUAAAGUGACAUUGAGGGGCAUUAGCUCUGCACUCUGGAGAUACUGUGUAUUCUCACUGUAGGACUCCAGAUAGAUUGUUAACACCUGUAGGAAUCGUUCUGUGGACUGUUUACACACAGGGGCUUAAAUGUGUGGACCACUGUUUAAGACUUUAGAAAACGGUGUAGGAAAACAGUACAGAUCUAUUGGACAUUGUUGGCACAUUUUACUAGUGUUUGAAUGUGCAUAUACUUACAGCUUAAGCGUUCAAGCAUCGUUUGUGUAUUAUAUCCAUUAUCAUCUCUAUGUAGAAUUGAUAUUAACAAUCUAGAAUGAGGUGGUACAGUUUUGUAUUACUUGAAAAAAAUCAUAUGGUAGUUCGGUGUCAGUAUAUUUUUUAUGCUUCAGGUUUCAUACAAAUGUGUAUAUUAUGGAUGUGGAGUCAAUUAAAUCAACUUUUUAUAUGGCAUGCUAAUUAAUUUGUUUACCAAAGCCACUUGAAACUCCACUUCAAUAAGUCAUUUGAGUAAUAAUAAACUGUAAAAUCUCAUUUUGGUUGAUUAGCUACAAUUCUUAAUAUUUUCAUUAAUGUGCAAAUUCUUUAUUGACAUUAAUGAAAUACAUGUUACAGUGUUGAUGUGUUCAUUUUAUUCUUUUUUAUCAAUUUUAUGAAUUGUUUUUUGUUCAUCAGAUACACUAUUGACAUUGAUACUAUAUAAAUAUGUGCAAAAGUGUAUAUUGUACUUCAUAUGAAAUGCUGUUGCACAUGUACCUUGAAAUUUACUGAUGAUAAAAAAUAAAUGGUUCUGAGUAAGAAUCGUAUAAAACA